ACCGACCCCACCGACCGACACAUCUAUCCUUCCAUCCAUCCUGUCCAAUCUAACCAACUGGCUGACGAAGUUCACCCUCAUCUUUUCUCUAUCUUCACUGCCACCCUUUCCUUCAUCAUCGUCGUGGUGGCAGAGGUAGUCUGCGGGGGUUGCCGUGGUCCCGAGUCCUUUCCCGCAAGUGCCAAUCGUCUUAUUGGCCUUGGACCGUGAUCAAGACCCGUGAUUGUUGUUUCCUCUUCCAUUCAUCCUCCAUUCAUCAUCCGACCCUCCAAUUGAUUGGUUGAUUGUUGUCUGUGGUCGGCCGAGCACCCAUCCCUCUAUCCAUCUCCUCGUCCAUCAUCUCGGGCGUGUUUCAAUUCUGACUGACUUGCAUUGAACCCCCCCUGGCCUGGGUUGUUGUUGCUGUUGUUGUUGUUCUGUUGUUAUUAUUUGCCGUGUGUGUGUGUGUGUGUGUGGUGUGUGUGCGGGUGGUGAGUGGUAGUCCAGUGUGAGGUGAGCCAGCCAGCCAGGCAGCCAGCCACGCUCUCAUCUCUCAUCAUGGCCUUGGAGGCGCAAGAGAAAGUGAUGGACUUCAUGAACAACGCCCGCCAAAUGAUGACCGAGGCCGUAGAUCGGGUCAAGAUGCCUACGCCCAUGCGACUGCGCGAUCUGAUCCGCGCCAUUCGGGCUGCCCGCACGGCCGCCGAUGAACGGGCAGUGGUCAACAAGGAGUGUUCGCAGAUCCGCAACUCUUUCGCCACGGAAGACACCAUGUGGCGUUGCCGCAACGUGGCCAAACUGUUGUACAUCCACAUGUUGGGCUACCCGGCCCAUUUCGGACAAAUGGAAUGUCUCAAGCUGAUCGCCUCGUCCAAAUUCACGGACAAACGCAUCGGUUAUCUGGCCGCCAUGCUCCUCUUGGAUGAGCAACAGGAAGUGCAUCUGCUGAUCAACAAUUGCCUCAAAGUGGAUUUGAAUUGUCCCACGCAGUUCGUCGUGGGAUUGGCCUUGUGCACCCUGGGCUCCAUUGCUUCCAUUGAAAUGGCCCGUGAUCUCGCACCGGAAGUUGAGAAGCUUCUCAAGUCCUCGAACGCCUACAUUCGCAAGAAGGCCGCACUCUGCGCCUUCAAGAUCAUUCGCAAAGUUCCCGAACUCAUGGAAAUGUUCCUGCCCGCCUCCAGAUCUUUGCUGUCGGAAAAGAACCACGGGGUUCUCAUCACCGGCAUUGUCUUGAUCACGGAGAUGUCGGAACGGAGCCCGGAUACGCUGAACCAUUUUAAGAAGGUCGUGCCUAAUUUGGUGAGAAUUCUGAAGAACUUGAUCAUGUCGGGUUACUCACCCGAGCACGAUGUUAAUGGCAUAAGCGACCCGUUCUUGCAAAUCAAGAUUUUACGCCUGCUACGCAUUCUCGGGAAAGAUGACUCUGAUACGUCCGAGACCAUGAAUGACAUUCUGGCCCAAGUCGCGACCAACACGGAAACGAGUAAAAAUGUGGGAAAUGCUAUCCUUUAUGAAACGGUCCUCUCGAUCAUGGACAUUCAGUCGGAAAGUGGCUUGAGAGUGUUGGCCGUUAACAUUCUGGGCCGAUUUUUACUCAACAAUGACAAGAACAUUCGCUAUGUUGCCCUGAACACCCUGCUGAAGACGGUGAACAUCGAUGCCAAUGCUGUUCAACGCCAUCGAGCCACGGUCCUCGACUGCCUAAAAGACCCGGACAUCUCCAUCAAACGGAGAGCCAUGGAGCUCUGUUUUGCUCUCACGAAUACGCAGAAUUUCAAGAUCAUGUCCAAGGAGCUAAUCAGCUUCCUCCAAGCCGCCGAACCCGAAUUCAAGGCUCAAUGCUCUUCGGCCAUGGUUCUUUCGGCCGAGCGCUUCGCCCCCAACAAGCGCUGUCAUAUUGACACCCUGUUCGACGUUUUAAAGACCGCCGGCAAUUACGUUCGCGAUGAUGUAGUUUACAACACCAUCCAGUUGAUAUCCGCCGAAAUGGCCGAUCUUCAACCCUACGUUGUGCAUGAAUCGUGGAAAGCGAUCAGGGAUACAGAAAACUGCACAGAGAAGCAGCCUCUGACCCAAGUGUCGUGCUGGUGCAUUGGCGAGUAUGGUGCGUUUCUUCUGGAUGGCAUUUCGGUUGAUGGGGAGAACUUGACAGUUUCCGAGGAAGAGGUUAUCCUGGUUUACCAAAAGAUUUUGGAUGCCACUCACAUGAGCCUUGUGACCAAACAAUAUGCACUAGUAUCAGUCACAAAACUAAGCACUCGAUUUCCGCGAGCGACCCCCAAGAUUGAGAAGAUUGUGAGCUCGUUUGGAUCGAACGUGCAAAUUGACCUACAACAGAGGGGUGUAGAGUUCAAACAGCUGUUUGAUUCCUUUGAUCAUUUGAGGACGGCUCUUUUGGAGCCCAUGCCCCCCCUUGAGCGGGAUUCGGUCAUGACCCACCUGGAUGCCGCAGAGUCUGAUCCGAUCCCAUCCAACGACGAGGGCCAGGAAGUGAACCUCCUGGGCGACAUGUGCUUUACCGACUCCAAAGUGAUGGCUGACCCUCUCGCCAAUGUUGGCAAUGGACAGACGAAUGGCCACACGGUGGCUGGUGGGGGUCUGUUUGAUUUGCUGGAUUCCCAGCCCAGUAUGGAUCUUGGGACCAACGUCAUAAUGGACCACAACAAGACUAACAAUACGCUCCUUGAUCUUCUCGGUAAUUUGGACGCGUGCCCUCCGUCGAAUGAGAGCCCAAGCUUGAAUGCGGAAAAUGACCUGUCCAACAGCCUUUUUGGCCCCUCGGCUCUUGGCUCCACUCACUUACCCUCCCAAAACUCGAUGGAUUUAUUUAACGAUUCUUCGCCAGUUGUCGCGAGCAGCGAGUCCAUGACGGUUUUGAGUGAAAACGGAAUUAAACUUAUUUUCGAAUUCUGUCACGGUCCAGCGAAAGACUUGGAGUUAAAGAUAACCGUGAAGCUCGUCAACAACACAGAAAAGGAUGUUUCCAGCUUUGAAUUCCAUGUGGCCUUGCCGAAAAGCAUGCAGUUGAUGAUGCCUAAAAUCAAUGGGGGGAUAGUCAUCGGUGCGAACGAAGAGAAAAACAUCAACGUCAUCACAAUCAAGAAUCCCAACGCAGCCGUCCUUCGUCUCCGCCUGAGAGUGUCGUAUCGAUUCCAAGACAUUUCGACUCCAUUCAACCAUCAAGUUGAAGUCAAUGAUUUUCCCGCAGCAAUGUGUUCGUGGUAGAAAGGUCGGUCAAGAAGCCGCUCCUUUCCGAAAUAAAAUGGGGACGGCAAAGCGUUCUGAAAGAAAUCCCAUCACUUGUAUUUGUUUGGGCGCAUACCCACCAAUGAUAAUGUUUAUGCUCUUUGUGUGAUUGUAAAGUUUUUGUAAGAUUUUAAAGACUUGAUUGAAAAUAAAUUAUGAUAAAAUAAAAAAUCGGAAUAGA